CCACAUAGCACCAAGAUGAUGUGUUCAACGCAAACUUUAGAGGAACCUGAGGUGGUACUCCACUUCGACCCCAUUGCUGUAGGGUGGAGAGGUGUCUCUCACCAAGACAAGGGUAUUCUCUCAAUGGAACUCACAUCUGUGUGCAACACACUGCUUCAGGUUUUAGUCCAUAUCCCUGCUGUUGUGCAUUGGCUUUCGACAUCAAAUCAUCCCGCUAGCUGCAAAGUAAAAAAUGGCUGUCUACUGUGUGCUUGCUGCAGUGUUCUAAUGCAGCUUGACGUGGAAAGUGUUGUCAAACCUGAUGAAUUUCUCAAUAUAAUGAAAGAUGCCUGUGAUGAUCCUCAGGUUGUUGUAGAGGACAUACUUUUGAGAUUACACUCAGAUUAUAUGAGUUUGUACUCCACAGUCCGUGUGAGUAUCUGGAGUGAGAGAACUUCUCCCCCAUUCCAAAUCUUUGGUGGACUAUGGAAAUUGUCAGCUCCUUGUUGUGGUGUUACGUACAAGCCUUUCUUCACACUGAAAGUACCUCUAAGUGCACAAACUAUCCAGUUAUGCUUAAAUGGCUUGAAGGCCUGUGACGUUUGUGAAGUAUGUGACUGCCCCGACAUGUCUAUCCCCACUGACUGUAGUCUUCACACUGCCCCCGCUGUCUUGAUCCUUAAUUUGAAGAGAUUUUUAGAUGACAACUCUUUUUGUGCCAAAAAUGUUAUUAUCCAGCCAGAGAUAACUCUUCUGAAACAAUAUUUGUACUGCCUCCGCUCUGUUGUAUUUGUGAAUGGCACCUCACCUGAUUUGGCAAACUUUUACCCUGUAACAGUUUGCCCAAUGGGAGUUUACAAUGAGUUCACUGAUGCUGCUUUUAAGAAAGUUUCUGUAACAUCACUUAUUGCCAAGGAAAGAUAUUUACAGACUUCUUAUAUGGCUGUUUAUGAAUUAACUAAGGUAACUGAAAUUUAUUUAAGCACCGGUGACAUUUUAAAACACAUUUUAUUUGCAGAUUGA